AUGGCCUCAGAAAAUGCAGAAAAACUAGACAUCAGUUUCAACACUGCGUCUGAUACAAAACAACAGAAGAAGGAAUGGAUCAAUUUGUCCCUUAGGGCUCUCUCAUUCUUUGCCACAGCAUCUGCUACAUUCAUUAUGGCACUCAACAAACAAACCAAAAGCUUGGUAGUGGCCACCAUUGGCACAAACCCACUAACAAUCACUCUCACUGCUAAGUUUCUCCACACUCCAGCAUUCGUAUUCUUCGUGAUGGUGAAUGGAAUCGUCAGUCUCUAUAAUUUGGUGGUGAUAGCAGUGGAUAUAUUAGGACCACAAUAUGAUUACAAAGGACUUCGUCUUGGACUAACUGAAAUUUUAGACGUGAUGGCAGUGGCUCUGGCAGCAAGUGGAGAUGGUGCAGCAACUUUCAUGGCAGAAAUAGGAAGGAAUGGGAAUUCACAUGCAAAGUGGGAGAAGAUAUGUGACAAAUUCCAAGAAUACUGCAACAGAAGUAGUGUUGCCCUAGCUACCUCCUUCCUUGGCAUCAUUCUCCUCCUAAUUGUUACUGUCAUGUCUAUCACCAAACUCUUCAAGCUAAAUCGUAUUAGCAUCUCUUAAUCAAUGUAUCACUUCAUAAUAGUGUUAUUAUAUUCUGCUUUAUUUUCUUUAUUCACCUGUUUCAUCUCUGCCAUGUAUCUUGGACUUCUGUGAAAUUUUCUAAGUUUUGUAUAAGACUAGUGUUAUACUGAUAUAUAA